ACAGCUGUUUCAUAUACAUGUAGCUGAUGCGUUUACCAAACAAUUCCAUUGUUUAUAUUCGAAAUAAACUCAAAUAUUUUCCAUAAACGAAAUGACGCUUCAAUGCAGGACCUGCGGAGGCGUCAUCUAUAACUCAAAAGCCAAGAAUCUCUUUCACAUAGAAAACGCUACGUUGCUGCAAAACGUAAAUCUUGUAUCUGGCGCCAUGUUGCAUGAUGAUCCGGAGCUGCCCAGCUGCAUAUGCGCAUGCUGCCUGCUCGACUUAAAUCAGGCUAUUGUGUUCCGGGAAAGGUGCAUCCAAACGCAGGAGGACUUGGUCCGGCGACUCAGAAAUCCUGAACAGGAAAUGUUUGGGACAGACCUUGAGGAAGCCGAAGUGGUUGUAGAUAUCAAGGAGGAGGCUGAGGUCAAAGGGUUUGGCUUACCUUUGGACAAUACUAUCGAAAAAGUCGACGAGUUCUUUGAAGAGUUUCAAGAUGUAGACGCAGAUGCGGAGGCGUAUAACGUCGAAGUGGGCGAAGAGGUGUCCCAAGAUGCCGACUCCCUUGUCUCCAGUGUGCAGAAGGAGUUUGAGUCAAUUUACGACGAUGACGAAAGCACAACAACAGAGAGCAAGGAGCUCGUGGAGGAAGUAAAGGGUGCCUAUUACAAUGAAGGUGAGGAUGAGAGUAAUGGAUCCUCUCCAGAUUCACCACCGCCCUCGGCAAAGCGGGCGCAAGGUCGCCCCAGAGCUAGUAGUUGCUCCUCGGAGACGACGACCUCGAAGCCCAAAAGAAAGAAACAGUACGUCACGUGGAAAAACUUGACCGAGGAGCAGAUCGUGGAGCGAAAGCGGCAGCAGCGGAAGCGGGACUGCGUCUGCGAGCAAUGCGGCCGCCAUUUCACCGACCAGAGCAACUUCAAGCUGCACAUGCUGCGGCACACGGGCAUGAAGAACUUCGCCUGCCAGGAAUGCGGUAAGCAGUUCUACACCGAGCACCUCAUGUCACUGCACCAGCGGAUCGUGCACCAGGGCGAGAAGCCCUACGCCUGCCGAUACUGCACCAAGUCCUUCCACAACAGCACCACCCGCGUCAUCCACGAAAGAGUUCACACUAAUGCCAAGCCUUACAGCUGUAACCUAUGCGACAAAAGCUUCAGCUCGGCUUCCGGACGCAAACGGCACGAAUUGAUUCAUACAGGUGUGCGGGCCUUUUCCUGUACUAUCUGUGAGCAAACUUUCCAGCGCAACACUCAUCUUAAGGCCCACCUGCGGUCCAAGUUUCACAGUUUAAGGGUGAAAAACAACGGACUCGAAAGCACAGAAUGAAAAAUAAUUUUUCUGAAAAUUAUGCUUUAUAUUAGUU